CUAUAAAAACCCGUGUUCGUGUCAAUUUUUCGGUUUCGCGUAAUUGUUUAAUUUCUUUGUUUUUACUAAUAACAUAAUCAGUGUUUAUAUUUUUCAAUGUUCUGUUUAUAGUUAUAGUCGUCUUAUAAUGCAAAUGAUAAAUAAAAGAUGUUUAAAGAGGAUAUGAAUUAGACGAUCAAAAUCUUUCAAAUAUACCCGAGGUGAAUUGGAAGUGUUUGCCGUUGUGUAGCUAGAUAAAUUUAGCAGCGUAUAUUAUAUUUGUAAACUUGCAGAACUUAACUGAUCAAAAAUAUUACAUGCAAUACUGUGUAUUAUUGUCACAAAAGGCUUUCCAAAUUAGCUACUAGUAAUUUGUACUGCUUUGCGGAUUUGGGGUACAAGUGCAAUGUUUACUGAAGUUCGGCAGUACUCCUGCGAUCUAUAUACUGCAGAAAAGAUUAAAAGAAACCAUGGAACGUCGUGUUAAGCUUAAGACCAUAAAUCCGCACAUAACGUGCAAGAUCUGCGGUGGUUACUUUAUUGAUGCCACAACCGUCACUGAGUGUCUACAUACAUUUUGUAAAAGUUGUUUGGUAAAACAUUUGGAAGAAAAGAAAACCUGUCCCACUUGCGACAUGGUCAUCCAUCAGUCACACCCACUGCAGUACAUCAGCUUUGAUCGGACCAUGCAGGAUAUCGUUUAUAAGUUGGUACCAAAUCUACAAGAAGAUGAAAUGAGAAGAGAACGAGAUUUUUAUAAAAGUCGAAACAUUCCCUGCCCCAAAGAUAUGCCGCAAAAUCACGAUGACGAUGAGAAAAUGCUCGAAGCACAUGCAGAAUCUGAUUUCCAUCGUCUAGACGAGCAGGUGAACGUAAGCCUCGAAUGUAUGAGCAAUAAUUUUAAAAAUUUGCAGCGGCGUUUUAUACGCUGCAGCUCACAAGCGACUAUAACGCAUUUGAAAAAAUUGGUUGCCAAGAAAAUUUUAAAUGGCAUUGACAAAUAUCGAGAGAUCGACAUACUGUGCAAUGAAGAAUUGUUAGGCAAAGAUCAUACGCUAAAGUUUGUGUAUGUGACGCGUUGGCGUUUUAGAGAUCCUCCUCUGCGCUUACAGUUUCGACCGCGAGUUGACCUGGUAUGAAGGCUUUUAAAACAAACGUGUGACAGAAACUUGUACGAAAACCAAUGUUAAGUGAAAUCAAAAGUGAAUACCAACGCAACAGUUUAAUUUUUUAAUUAACGUUAACAAAGAUAUAUAUAUAUAUACAUAUAUAUAACUUAGACAAAAACAGAAACGCUAGUUUUGUAGAAAAGUUUAAAAUUCGAAGUGAAUUUCAGACGUAAGAUAGAAAAAUCGAAAUAAGUAUUGUAAUAUAUUUACAACCGGAGGUUAGAAGAGUUUCAGGCAUGCAUAUGUAUAUGUAUGCAAGUGAAUAAAAUUAUUAAGUGUAAUAAAAAGUGAAAGUAAUGUUAUAGGCAUUAUAAGCUUCAAGGUCAGGUUUUAACAAAAAAAAAAAGAAAAAAAUAAUUUCUUAUAUUUAAAACAAAUAGCAAACACUAAUAACGGUGACAAAUCUUCCUUUUAACAUAUGUAUGUUCCGUAUGUGUUUAUACUCUAGUGCACAAAAUUUUUGAUCUGGUUCUAAAUGAUAUUAUUUCUGAACGUAUUUUUACCGAUCUUGUGUAUAACUUUGGAAGUUGGAAUUUAUAUCAUUGCAUUGCAAAAUAAAUCUAAACAUUUUGUGACUUCCUACCAUUCAA